GACUGAGAAAGCGGGAGCGUUCGCAAAUCGCAAACUAGGCCUGUCUGUAGAUCCUUCUGGAAUGUGGAGCAUUUGUCAUGAAGCUGUGAUUACGAUUAAGCCCUCGCAGAUUUGCUUUUUCUCCGACUCCCCGCUGUAAAUCUUUCCUUGACUUCCAAGAUUUCGCAGGCCAUCUCGAUUCCUCUCCAACUUCUUCCUCAAGGUAUCUUGAAACACUUUUAACAUGGCAGAACCUGAAGCACACAACGUUUCAAGUACUAGCGAUGGCUCUAGUGGGACUUCUGAAUCACCUCUCCAGCUCAAUAUCAAAACCCUGGAUUCCCGGAUUUACAGUGUUAAUGUGGAUAAGAAUAUUCCUAUAGCUGCAUUCAAGGAGAAGAUAGCAAGUCAAAGUGGUGUGCCAGUUGUGCAGCAACGUCUAAUAUUUAGGGGCAAGGUUUUGAAGGACGAUCACCUUCUUUCGGACUACAAUGUUGAAAAUGGAGAUACGUUACACUUAGUUGAAAGGCAGCCCCACCCUGCUUCUGGAUCAAUCACUGGAGAGGCGACUUCAAGCAAUGGCAGCAGAGGGAAUGAUCCUAAUGCUGGCGGGCAGCGCAAUCGGAUUGGACCAAUUGCUCAUAGUUUUGUAUUGGGUACCUUAAAUGUUGGAGAUCAAGGAGAAGCAGCCGUGCCUGAUAUAAGUCGGGUCAUUGGGGCAGUAUUGAACACUAUUGGAAUUAGCAAUCAGACGGGAGGCAUGAUGCCUGGUGUCCCGUUGUCUCAUGUAAAUCAAGCUGAGGGUUCACGGGUUAAUUCUGGCAGUCAAAGUCAGGAUGGAAAUCAAUCUUCUCCUUCGCAACCCUCCAAUGGUCUAUCAGCAUCACAUACUAUGCAAAUCCCCCUAGGAGCAGCAAUUGCUACACCUUCAAUGAACAUGCCUAUUCCAGAUUCACUGACCACACUAAUGGAAUUUAUGAACCGAAUGGAACAUGCAUUUUCCCAAAAUGGAAAUCAACCAAACCAACCAACAACUACUACUGGUGAUUUACCAGCUGUUGAAUUGCCUUCAAAUUCACUUGGUUUGCCAACAGUCGAAGCACUGAGUAUUGUUUUACAGCAUGCUCAGCGUCUUCUUAGUGACCAUGCUGUUCCGGCAUUAAUUCACACUGCAGGUCGUCUAAGUCAGGAGGGUGGGAAUAAUGAUCCUGCUGUGAGGGGACAAGUGCAUACAGAGUCUGUUCAGUUAGGCAUGGCCAUGCAACACUUAGGUGCUCUUCUUUUAGAGCUGGGAAGGACAAUUUUGACUCUUCGCAUGGGCCAAUCUUCGGCUGAAUCGUUUGUGAAUGCUGGGCCUGCUGUUUAUAUAUCUCCUUCAGGGCCUAAUCCUAUUAUGGUUCAGCCAUUUCCUCACCAAGCAAGCUCUCUUUUUGGUGCUUCAUCUGGUGUUUCUUCGAAUCCAGUCCAUAUGGGUACAGUUGGUGCUUCUAGCAUUCCAAGGAAUGUGAGCAUUCAUAUUCAUACUGGGGCAGCACUUGCACCGAUGGUUUCUGGUGCCAGAGUGCCUAUUCCAGAAGGAAUGCGAGGAGAACGCCCUAAUGUUACUGAGACUGGUGACACUGUUCAAGCAAUGGGGUUAUCAGGGAUUACUGCAAACACUGUUCCUUCACAAAGUGGUAUGGUGUCCAUCUCUGGUGCUAGGCAACCUGGUAGUAACGUCUCACAACCUACUGAAUCUAGCAGUACAUUGUUAACUGAUGUUGGUGCUCAACUAAGGAGGCUUGUUGGAGACAUGCAUAAUCCAGAUCCUACUGUCUCAGGCCAAACUUUGGUUUCAACAAAUCAAGAGCAACAUGUUGGUGAUAGUGCCACAGAUGAGGAUAGGACCAGACAAAAUGCACUGGCUGCUGAAGCCAAUAGUAACUUGACUCAUGUUGCCCUGACGGAUGAUCAGAAGGGACAAAAUGGAGCCCACCAACCUGACAUUGAGAAGACUGUAGAUGUGAAUUCCAGUGGUGAAUCUUCCAGCUCUGCAGCUCAAAAAAUUUCCAGCGCAUCUAAUAUGAGUGAUGAUAAUAAGGAUUCUUCUUCAGCUGCCCCCCUUGGAUUGGGGUUGGGAGGCCUUCAGCCUAAGCAGAAGCGGAAGCAGCCAAAAGCACAAGCCAAGGGUGGACAUAGUGCAAGUACUACUAGCGAAAUUCAACAAUCAAGAGCAAUUGGGCAAGAAGUUUUGCGAUCCCUUUCAUCCCUUUCAAACACAGGGAAUACAAAUUUGCAGCCCUCAGUACAUUCAGGAGAUCUAAACCGCGGAGCUGGACUGAGCGUGCCCACAAGGCAAAACACUACUGACCAAGGUGAUGUGGCAAAUGCAAUGUCUCAGAUUCUGGAUAGUCCUGCUCUUGAUGGUCUAUUAUCUGGCGUUUCACAACAAACUGGGAUUGGUUCCCCAGACAUGUUAAGAAACAUGUUGCAGCAAUUCACCCAAAAUCCUGCAAUGAGGAAUACAGUGAAUCAGAUUGCUCAGCAGGUUGACAGCCAUGAUCUUGGAAGUAUGUUUUCAGGCAUGGGUAGGGGGCCUGGAGGUGGGAUUGAUCUGGGAAGAAUGAUGCAACAAAUGAUGCCAAUUGUCUCUCAAGCUUUAGGUGGUGUCUCACCUGUUUCUCAAUCAGCACCUCUCUCAGAACAGAUUCUCUCUCGAGGGACUGUGCCGAUUGACAAUAACACACAGGGCAUCAAUCUCCGUCAAGUAGUUCGGAUGCUUGAAGAACAAAGACCAUCAUCCCAGGAGAUUUUUAACUCAUUGGUUGAUAGUGCGUUAGACCUUUUUACAGACGGCCCUUCAAGGGAAAGCAUCGUGAAUGCAUUGUGCAGUCAGGGGCAUCUUGCACAGGAGUUUAUGGAAAUGCUCCAGAAUGAUAUAUCCCGGAGGUUCCGGGAUGAAACAGGGUCAUAAAAAGGACUUCUCUGGCGGCGAUUAAUAUCUUCAAGAAGACAGUACAUUAAAACAAGAGGGCUGGAGCUAUAUUCGUCCAAUUAUACUAAUUUGCCGGAUUUGUGUCAACUAGGUAUAUCCAUGCCCUUUAUACAUUGCUCAACUUAAUUUGCCAUGGCUCUUCACCUUUCCAUAAAUUCUUGUUACCUGUGUCCUAUGCUUCAUGAUUGGCUUUUGAACAUUUAUUUAUUUUAUGGACAAUGUAUCAUAAUAUCUUAUCAGGUUGUUUUCUAGAGUAAGCUCUUUGUGUGGAUAAUA